CUGAAGAUAUAUAUAUAUAUAUAUAUAUAUAUAAUAAAAAACCAUCGACUGUCUGAGUCUUUGACAGACAACGUAAACCCUAGCCGACGUGAAGAAGAAGGGAGACAGGAGGAGAGAUGGCGGCGUUGCCGGGGCAGUUGAUCUGGGAGAUUGUGAAGAAGAACAACUCUUUCCUUGUGAAGGAGUUCGGGAGAGGAACUGCCAGCGUUCAGUUCAGCAAGGAGCCCAACAAUCUCUACAACCUCAACUCGUACAAGCACUCUGGCUUGGCUAACCGUAAGACUGUCGCCAUCCAACCUGAGGGGAAGGAGCAGGCGGUGUUACUCGCCACCACCAAGACCAAGAAGCAGAGCAAACCCGCGCAAUUGCUUCACAAGUCUGUGAUGAAAAAGGAGUUCUCCAGGAUGGCCGAGGCUGUCGUCAACCAGGUGGGAGACAACUACUAUCGGCCUGACCUCAAGAGCGCGGCCCUUGCAAGGUUGUCUGCUGUUCACAGGAGCCUCAAGGUUGCCAAGUCCGGAGUCAAGAAGAGGAACAGGCAAGCCCUCAAGGCCCGUGGCAGGAAGUGAAAUUGAUGAGCUCUGUUAGACGAUUUCUCUCCCCCUUUUUGUUUCCUCUGGUUAGCUUGUUCUAUGAAUAGUAGAAUACACUUUUUCCGCUUAAUGAACCGUGUUCGAAAGAAGAUGCUUCUAUGGCAUUGCUUUGUGAAAUUGUGAGAGAGAGAUUGGUUAUGAAUGAUUUGUUAUCCGCUUCUGCCCCUUUAUGAUUGAUGCACUACAUUUAGUUUAUCUUUUUAAUGAAGCCGCAGUAUCCAAA